AGUAGAAAGAAGAACUCAAUGAAAAUCCGGGGAGCGACGAGCGAGCGACUCACCCAUCAGGCCAUGACCACGUCGCAGACCAACUCGGUCGCCCCCGUGGGCCGUGGGAGGCUCAACCGCACACAUUAACCCACACCGGCCGCCUCCGCAGGCGAUCCCUCCACCCCACAGGUUCCCUUCUCCCUCCUCCUUCCUCCAAACCCUGGCGCAAACCCUAAUGUCCACCGCCGGGGACCCUUCCCGCCUCUCCGGCGAGUCCUCGCCGUCGUCCUCCACGUCCUCCGGCUCCUCCUCCCACUCCUCUGGCGCCGCCGAUGCCGCCGCCACCAACCUCGCCCUGACAGCACCAACCUCCGCCCUCGCCGAUGACACAGACGCCGAUGCCCCCACCUCCCCGCGCGUGGGGACGUACUUUGAGACCGAGGACGACGCGUACGAGUUCUACAAGGCCUACGCGGCCCGUCUCGGCUUCGUCGUCCGCAAGUCCAACAAGUCCAAGAACUCACGGCACACCGUCACCCGCCGCCUCUUCGUCUGCUCCAAGCAGGGCUUCCGCCAGGAGCCCAAGAAGCCCCAGGACGAAACCGCAGGCUCCGGAGUCGCGUCCUCGCCCUCGCUGUCGCUGGUGCCUGCGCCUCGGUGCCCGGACUCGCGCACAGGCUGCCUAGCGUCGCUCACCAUCAAGCUCAUUCCUUCCGCAAACGCCUUCCGUGUUACUGACUUCGUCGCCGAUCACAACCACCCGCUCGCCUCUUCCUCGCCCGCUGUGUCACUAGCCUUGCUGUCGCCGAGCUCUUCACACCACAGCAUUGUAGCAGUGGCCAGCUUGCCGGACCCAAGGGAUGGGCCGCGGGCCGAUAUGCAUUUUGAGACAGAGGAGGAUGCAUAUGUCUUCUAUAACAGAUAUGCCGAACAUGUAGGCUUCAGUGUACGGCGCUCCUACAAGAAGCGGAAGCGAGGGAUGAUAGUGUCGCGUAUUUUUGUUUGUUCUCGCGAGGGUGUCAGUGACCGCACCAAGCAAGAGGGUGGAGCCAUAGUCAUUGCAAAUGGUGGUGCAGGGUCAGCAGGCACACCUAGGCCAGGUCCGCCGCCAACACGGACCGGAUGUCAGGCAAGAAUGGUGAUAAAGAUCACCCCCUGCCGAACAUACCGUGUAGCAAAGUUUUUUCCAGAGCAUAACCAUCCUCUGGCCAAUCCAGACAGCGUGCAUAAGCUGCGGUCUCAUAAAAUGAGAGCCCGUGCACAUGAGCUUGGAGCAGGGGAAAUGCAUCGAAGGAAGCAAGGGAAGGGUGUGCAGCUUGGGGAUGUUGGCGCAGCAUUGCAAUACUUGGAGGAGUUGCAGGUAGAAAAUCCUUCAGUUUAUUACGCGGUAGGAGUGGGGCCUGAUGGGAAAUCCGCUGUGAAUUUCUUCUGGGCUGAUGCAAAAUCAAUAAUUGACUACAGGAGUUUUGGGGAUGUUGUUUGCUUUGAUACAACAUAUGCAUUGAACAUUUAUGGACGGCCAUUUGCACUCUUUGUUGGUGUUGACAACCAUAAGCAGUUACUUGUGUUUGGCGCAGCACUGCUCUAUGAUGAGAGCAUUCAGUCGCUGAAAUGGGUAUUUGAGGUGUUUGCUGAUGCCAUGCAUGCUAGGCACCCACAAACUAUUUUGAUUGAUGAACGUCCUGAGUGUGCCAUUGCAGCAGCAGAGGUGUGGCCUGGCACCAAUCACUGCACAGGGGUGUGGCAUAUCUACCAUAAUUCAAAGAGGCACUUGAAGCAGGUGUUUGAAAGCUCAAAAAGUUUCAGCAAUGCUUUGAACCAUUGUCUCUUUGAAUGUGAGGAUGAGAUUGAGUUCUUGUCAGCAUGGGAAAAGCUAGUUGAGAAACAUGACAUUGGUGAGAGUGAGUGGCUCAGCAGACUUUACCUGGAGAAAGAAAAAUGGGCUUUACCUUAUCAGAGAACCAUGUUUUCUGCUGAUAUACUCUCAACCCUUCGUAAGGAUAACAUGAUUAAUGAACUAAGACGAGACCUCAGUGAGCAAGAAGAUAUCCUGCAGUUCUUCAGGCGUUAUGAGUCUAUUCUGGAAGAGCAUCGAUCAAAGAAAUUGCAUGCUGAUGUUGAUGGCAGCCAGGUUACUCUGCCUAUCCCAUCGUUGCGAAUGCUAAAACAAUCAUCAAAUGCUUAUACACCUGAAGCUUUCAAGAUGUUCCAGGGAGAGUUUGAGGCUUACAUGAAUUGCAUGUCCUUCCCCUGCGGUGUGGUUGGCACGAUCUCUGAGUACAAGAUUGUGCUUGAUGAGAAGCCAUCAGAGAGUUUUGUCAAAUUUGAUGCACUAGAUGGCUCGACCACUUGCAGCUGCAAGAAGUUUGAAGCUGUUGGGAUUCAAUGCUGUCAUGUACUGAAAGUGCUGGAUCUCAAGAAUAUCAAAGAACUUCCAGAACAAUAUAUUUUGAAGAGAUGGAGGAAAGAUGCUCGUUCUGUUCAAAUUGGGGAGGAACCUACCUAUGGGUCUGGCAGUGUCAUGCGAUCAACCUCAGAAGCUCGAUUCAGUAACAUGUGUCGGUUGGCUAGCUUGAUUGCUUCAAGAGCUGCCAAAUCCGAGGAUGUGAUGUCAUACAUCGAAAGUCAGUCAAAUGCUAUUCAGAAACAUCUGGAUGAUAUUCUACACACAAGCUAUCCUGAUAUGGGAAAUCACACUGUUGCUUCAAGUAGUCAAGCAAUUUCCUUUGUAGGCACCCAACAUCCUGACCAUUCCACACCAGUAGUGGUUGCACAGACAACAAAUGGCCUGAUGGGGCUUUGACGGCGCACAUUUGAUCAUACUGGCAACAUUGGGCUGCAUGAUUGUCAGGAAUUCCUCGUCCUCCAGAACUUGUAUUCGUCAGUGGACAACUGAACGGGUCAGUCGGUCUUUGUAAAUUUAGUUGGGCAUUAGUUGAAGUCCGUGUACAGUAUUUAUCUUGGCCAAGUUGAUGUAGUUUAGUUGAAGUCAGUGUACAGUAUUUAUCUUGGCCAAGUUGAUGUAGUUGUGGUGCUAAUUAUAUUCAGUUUUGAUGUACCAGUGCCUUCUGUGCAUCAAAUGGCAUUUUUGUACAUUUUAGAUUUCUGGUCCACUCCUGGCAAAUAAGGCUAACCCUUUCUUUCAA